AUACCAUUGGUGUGUACUCCGUGUCUGUGUGAAUUCUCCGACGGAUACUCUUGUAGCAAAUGACUAAAUAGUGUAGCUGUUUUCCAGGGAUAAGAAGUGCUGGGUGGCAUGCUCCAUGCUACCGGGCUCCAGCCAGUGUGGUCCUUCUCAUGCUUCCAACAGCAACAGGCUAAGUGUUAAUUUUGUUUCAAGUUUCCCUGUAUAGUACUCUGCUUGUCUGGGUUCUGUCAGUUAUGGAAUCAUUGGGCAAUUGAAGUUCUUUUAUAGGAGCAGCUCUAAAGCCUUUCUGCCAUGUGGCUGUAAUCAGGGCCUGCCUAUCACCUGUUAGAGGUUUUGUGCAUCUCCUUGGCUUUGCCCGGUUGAUGGAGCUUUACUUGAUCAUAGUCACCAUCUACAAGCACAAGCUCAUUCUUCUGCCCUGCAGUAUGCAGCUGGUCUGGGGCUGCCCUGUACCACGGUCCAGCCAGCCUCUGCAUGAGUGCCCAGGAGUGGUGAGGGAAGAAGCACAGUCCUCCUCAGGGAAGCCUGGGGGCCUCACAUUAUUGUGUGUGCUUCUGCAAGAUGUCUUCUUUACCAGGUAGAACAAGUGGUUCUCAGUCCUUAAGUUGCCUUGGUGUUUGAUGAGAUAGGCUCUCAGUCCCAGAGAAUCUGAUUGAUGAAUCUGCGCAAAGCUAUUCACUGGUAGUUUUAAAGAUCCGCCCUGAAAAUGAGAUAAUGUCUCAGGUAAAACAUGAGAGUCAUUAAACAAGUAUUUUUAUUUCAGUUGCAAGUCAAAUGCUAAAAUCAGACUAAGAUUUAUGUUUGAAGUUUGUGCUCUGUAAAAGUAGAAAAGAAGAUUCUGGGAUAACCCAGCAGGAGCCACAGGAAGCUCAGGUAGCUGGGAGAGAAGAGGAGCCUGUGUCAAAGCACGAGUGACAUGGGUGGGAUGCAGUUGGGCUUUGGAGAAGCGGCAGGAGCCCUAGGCUUCUAACUGGAAUAUUGGUACAAAGUGCUGUGAUUUCCAAGCACAAAGUCGGCCUGAUUCUUAAGAACUGCACUCAUCAAAUGACAGCACUUGUGUGUUUAAGGGAAUACUGUCCAGUUCACAGCAAAGCUGUGUUCUGACAUCAGAUACAAGUGAGGAACUAGAAGAGGCUUCGAAGAGACCUUGCCCCACAGAUUGACUUCCUGGCCUCCUCUUCCUUAGCCCUGAAUCAGCCUUGUCUGUGUAAUAGCACUUAGAACUCUAUCCUUGAGGCCGUAUUGCAGAACUUGAACAAUGACUGAGGUCACUGUGUCUCUGCGCCCAUUUGCAGGAGCCCCUCAGGUGACAAGCAGUAUCCUGCAGUGAUACUUUGGUGGGUUCAGUGGUCUGGGAAGCGCUGAGAUUGCGCAUGCCCCCCCGGAGCUGUUGGCCUGCUGUAGAUAUGUGCCACACGGCAUUGCUCAGACUGCAGCUCCUUGUCACAGAGCUGCACAUGUGCCUCUCAGAUUAAGUUUAAAGUCAGGUGGCUUCUUGGUAAAGCUACUCAAUUCUGACACCUGCUUUUCCACAUGUGUCACUGAGUCCCAGGUGUACAUCCCUGCUGGUGGUUUUAGCUUUUCCUUUUUGUUUGUCUUUUUUUUCCGGGGUUUGUGGGGGGGUGGUUAAUUCUUUAAGAAUUUGGGGUGUGUGUGUAGAUGUAGUGUGUUUAUGUGUAUUUGCAUGUUCACAUGUAUGUGGACAUGAGAGUGAGUGGGUGUACAAAAAUAUUAUUACUUGUCAGAGGUUGAUAUCAGGUGUCUUCAGUCACGUCCCACCUUGUGUAUUGAGACUCAGCAGUCCACCUAGAUAGCUUGCCCCGUGGAUCCCUUCUUCCACUCCUGUGCACGGCAUUGCAGGAAGGCCUAAAGUAUAGUCUGAUUACUUGUUUUUUUUUUGUUUUUUUUUUUUUUUCCGGAGCUGGGGACUGAACCCAGGGCCUUGUGCUUGCUAGGCAAGCGCUCUACCACUGAGCUAAAUCCCCAACCCCAGUCCGCUUACUUGGACACAGCCAUUUUACCUACUGAUCCCCCUGAGUUUACAUGUACCAUAAAAGGCAAGAGGAGGACGUCUUUCCACCUAGGCAUCUUAAGGUUUCUUCAUAGUCAUCCCGAGCCCAGUGUACAAGAGUGUCACUUCCACUAGUGGUCUUGGUAGAGUCUGCUCAGAGAGGCUGUUAGAGUAGGUGCUGAGUGCUGGAUGACUGCCGAAUGUAAACUGGCAUCUGUGGCCUCAGGAUGGCUCAACAGGUGAAGGUGUUUGCCUCUCAGCCUUGUCAGCAUUUGGUUCCUGGAGCCAUAUAGUAGGGAAAGAACCAAUAGGUUAUUUUCUGGCAAUACUAGUCUUAUCUCCUCAAAAAUAAGGAAUUGUAAUUUAAAAAAAAACAAACAAAACAAAACAAAAAAACAUGUAAAGAUGUGAGCUUAAAGCACUAUCCUGGCCAAUCAGACUUCUGAACAAGAGUGAGUGGACAGACGGUCAGCAGCAGCCUUGCUCCAUGCCAUAACCAGAAACAGUCGCAAGCUCUUUGUAUCCUCUGCUCCCCUUCCAUGAUGUAGACAGCGACAAAUGGGAGGAACAGGUAGGAAUUCUUGAGUAGUUGGACAUCAUGAAGAAGGUCUUACAGCAAUAAGCACCCUGCAAAGAGGCCCAAGGGCAAGUGAGGCUUUUGUAGGCAUCUGGACAGUGUCUGGAGGCCACAGGGCAUCAUGAACCGGUUCUGAGCAGAGUCUGAAAGCUUAGGCUUAAACUGGUCAUUCUGACUCAAAAACAUUUGUGCAGGGAAGCCUGUGGUGGCAGUUGGGGGUUUGGGGAGGAUAUAUAUCCUCAGGGAAGAGGGGGUAGGGGAUGACACCAAAGUAUGUACUUGAAAGUUGAGAUCUCAGCAUAGAGUUAGCUGAAAAGACCUCUGUGGGAAAGUAACUGAAUAAGUAAUUAUGGUUAACAAAACAUUACUUAGAGGCUAGAGAGGGUAGGUGCACUGAGGUACAGCUCAGUGAACAAGCCCUUUGUUAACAUACUGAAGGCCAUUGGGUUCAGUUCCCACCCCACAAAGAGAAUGCUUCAGGUAGCAGAACUGGACACGUUUAAAAGCUAGUAGAAAGGGGUGUGUAGAGAGCACGGAUGCAAAUGGAAAGGCCCCGCUGUUUAUCAGGUAAGUGACCCACUCGAACCUGUACAUGAGGUAAGGACGAGUGCCCAACCAGGCCAUCUUAGUGGCCAGGGGCUUGAGGGCAUCAACACUAGCCGUGAGGGGAGAGAAGGUAUGAAAGCAGAGAUGUGAUGUCUGACUGUACCCAGAGAGCUGUCUGGUAAUGACAUACCAAUAAGGAGUAAAAUGGUCGUCAUUUAACCUAUGUGGAGCCUACAGCCAAUGAGGAAUCCAAACGAGGUGAAGUCUGUGACAGGAGGGAGGAUGAUACGAGCCAGGGAGGCCAUGCAUGUUUAAGGGUCAAGCCUGGGCAUAGAACAGCUCCUGGACUUGGGGUGGGAGGAGUAUCCCUUCUGUGUCCAUCUGCACUGGCGGCUGCUUUAGCAUCUGAAUAUCUGGCUCCUGGUUUGAUGAUGUAUAUACAUAUGUCUGCAUAAGAUAUAUGAUCACAUGAGUACAAGUGCCCUCAAAGGUCAGAGACAUUGGAUUCCUUGGAGAAGUUACAGACCCGUUGUAAGGUGCUUGGCAUGGCUGCUGGGAACUGAGCUCAGGACCUCUGGGAGAACUGCACGUGCUCUUAACUGCUGAGCCGUCUCUCAGGUCCUGGUUCCUGAUUUGUAACUGACAAAUGACUGCUGCUAAGCACUCCAAUCUCAAGGACUUGAAAGAAUGAAGAAAAUGAGGAAAGGUAACUGGUGAGGGUGGGGGAACUAAAGCUAAACAUAGUGGUGCAUACCUUUAAUCCUAGCACUCAAGAGGUAGAGACUUGUUUCUGUGAGUUCAAGGCCAGCCUGGUUUAUAUAGCAUCUAGGAAAGCCAGAAAAAGCAGAAUUUGAAAAUUAAAACUCAGUGUAUGGAAUAUAUGUUAUAAUAUAUACAUCCUUGUAAUCUCAGCCCUCAGAAGGCAAUGGCAGAAAGGUGAGAAGUUUGAAGCCACCCUAGACUAUGUAAAUUCCAGGCCAGCCAGAGCUGCAGGUGAGAAACUGGUUGAAAACAAUAAAUGAUACAGUGUAGCAGAAGAGAGGCCAGUACUAUGUCUCUGCAUUGUGAUCUGUAUGUGGUAAAAAUAGAAAGGGUUUGAAAAGAGUUCUUUAAAAUGGCCACCACAAGCUGGGGCUGGUGCCAAGCUCCAGGACAGCCAGAGUUUCAUAGUGAGACCCUGUCUCAAAAAAAGAGGGGUUGGGGGUAUCACCAUGGCCCUCAUAGCAUGAUGAAUAGUCCCACCAUAUAUGCACAUGUGUGCACUCAGGUGUAUGUAAAUGUGUGCACAUGUGUAUGGAGACUGGAGGACAACCUCAGGUGUCAUCCUAAAGAAUGCCUAAGAGGUAGUGACUCACAGGACUAGAGCUCACCAAUUUGACUAGAUUGGAUCUUACUGUCUUUCCAGUACUGGGAUAAAAUCUUACUGUGUAACUGUAAAGCACACAUGACUACCAAAUAUAAAAGAAAGAUAAACUAUUGACUACUCCUUCCACGUGCAAAGCUUGGCUUCCCAGACCUUGUGUUCCACUCCAGCUUCUGGAGUCUGCAGUAUUUUAGAAGCUUCUGUGAAUUUAGACACCAUUAACAAAGACAAAAUCAUGUUUCUUCUAUCUGGUCAGCCCCUGCAGAGAAACGGUCAAGUUCGGUGUAUGGUAUAGCAAGUGAUGUUGUCAUAUAUUUUUCUUAUAGUGUCAGUCUCUCCUCUCCCACGGGGACAGAGUGACCACACUUUGCCCCACAUUGCCUAUGGUAUUCAAAUCUCAGACCUAAAGCAGGCUACCUCAGAAUUGCAAGGAACCAGAGCCCGUGUUUUUUGUUUGUUUGUUUGUUUGUUUUGGUUUUUGUUUUUUUGGGGGGGAGUGGGGUUUUUUUUUUGCAAGCUUGUUAAGUGAAACUGUUCUUUGACCCCAGAGAAGUAGCAAGCAGGAUCCCACACAGACUACUGUAUGAUAGCCAUAGCAGUUGCCAAGCAGGAUCAGACAGGCUGAAGCACAGGCAUAGACUUUUCAUAGCUCUCCUCAGAUCCUUCAUUCCAGGAAAAGCAUCACUUUUAGUGGUUGACCAUGUUUUUGCAGUUAAUAAAGUUGGUAUUUUGUAGGAAUUCUGAUUUGCUUUUGACCUGUGCUGCUUUUAUGUCAUUUCUAUUUAUGUCAGAAAAUACAGCUUCUCUAUGAACAUAAUUUUGUGUAUCAGUCUUACAGAGGUAAAUGCUACAAGACAGUUUUGGCCUGUUCUUAUAUUGAUACUGAGUUUCCAGGAGUCUAUGUAAAACCCGUGUGUGUUAGGAAAUUCUUUGAAAUUUGGCUAACUGGAUUGUUUGGACCUGACCCAGUCUCACUUUGGGGUUAGAACAGUGAUAAUUGCCUGAAGAAGUGUCCCUGUACCUACUAUUUUAUCAGUUCCCAACUGUUUGUGGAGGCCCACAGGCUCUGCUGAUACAGGAUACAAAGUCACAGCUCUGCACUGGUGUGGAGUCACUGUCUCCUCCUGAUAUCUUGUGAAUCUGGCUGUCUGGAGGGACCUGAAGCUGUUACAUCAGCUGGCAGCCAAGCUGCUAUUUUGACCUCUAAUAGGAAAUGGCUGAGAACAAGAAAGAGAAAAGACAGAAGUUGUUUGUUUCUAAGGGGGUAAAGCAGAUUGUGAAAAAUGCCAGGCAGCCCGGUUAUCUAGUCUAACUGGAGAUAAGUGUUCCCUAGCAGUCAAUUAGCUUGCAGGCACCCAAGAAGCAGUAAAUAUUAAUAAGACAGAACAAUAAGUACUGUUCAGAGGACUGUCCUCAGUGCUAGAUGAGUUUCAAAAAUGCUACUGUGGGAUUUGGAUUGAAUUAGGUUUUGUUUUGUUGCUAAAGGGCUGGGUUUCUAGUUCUGUACAGGCUGACCUCAGACCUGCAGCUACUCUCUCACCAGCCUGUUUACUUCAUCCCUGAGCACUGCUGUUUCUCCUAAAUGCUCUGACCACUUUUAGAGGGAUUGGUGCUGGGGAAAGGUGCAUGCAGAGGGCAGCAUAGAGCUGAUCCAGGCAAGAGCAGUGACCUCCCAUCUCCCAUUGGCUCAUGGAGACCAACUGUGAGCACAGUUUCAGUUUGUCCCGUUCUGGAGCCUGUAGUUCCGUGUGAGAGUCCUGAAAUCUGAACGAGGGAAGAUUGCUCUUGGGAAGCUGAUUCAGGAGUCCUGCAUCCUACCUGAGGCAGCUGAGACAGUUUCGUCUGGCUGGGGAGAGAUGCCCAAUGUUCACUCCAAGGCUGAGAACUCCUGGGGAGAGCCAUCUUCCCCUUCUACCCUGGUCGACAAUGGCACGGCAGCCUGGGGGAAGCCUCCCAGUAGUGGCAGUGGAUGGGAUCAUCCUGCUGAGCCCGUGGUGCCAUUUGGAAGAGCCAGUGCUCCUGCUGCUGCCACAGCCCUGUGCAAACCAGCUUCCAAAUCUAUGCAAGAAGGCUGGGGCAGUGGUGCGGACGAAAUGAACCUGGGCACCAGCCAGUGGGAGGACGAGGACGGGGACAUGUGGAACAAUGCUGCCUCCCAAGAAAGCAGCUCAUCCUGCAGCUCCUGGGGCAAUGCCUCAAAAAAAGGACUUCAGAAGGGCAUGAAGACGCCCGGCAAGCAGGAUGAGGCCUGGAUCAUGAGCCGGCUGAUCAAACAACUCACAGACAUGGGCUUCCCGAGAGAGCCAGCUGAAGAGGCCUUGAAGAGCAACAGUAUGAACCUUGACCAGGCCAUGAGUGCUCUGCUGGAAAAGAAGGUGGACAUGGACAAACGUGGACUGGGAAUGACCGACUACAAUGGAAUGGUCACCAAACCCCUCGGCUGCCGCCCACCAAUCUCCAAAGAGUCUUCCAUGGACCGCCCCACCUUCCUUGACAAGCUCACCCUUUCUUUCUCCAAUCAGGAUGGCGGCCUCGUGGAAGAGCCCACGACUUCACCGUUUUUGCCUUCCCCAAGCCUGAAGCUCCCCCUUUCCAACAGUGCACUCCCCAAUCAGGCCCUGGGUGGGAUUGCCUCAGGGCUGGGCAUGCAAAACUUGAACUCUUCUAGACAGAUCCCGAGUGGCAAUCUGGGUGUGUUUGGCAAUAGCGGAGCAGCACAAGCCAGGACCAUGCAGCAGCCGCCAGUGCAGCCUCUUAAUUCCUCCCAGCCCAGCCUCCGAGCUCAAGUGCCUCAGUUUCUAUCCCCUCAGGUUCAAGCACAGCUUUUGCAGUUUGCAGCAAAAAACAUUGGUCUCAGCCCUGCACUAUUAACCUCGCCAAUUAACCCUCAGCAUAUGACGAUGUUGAACCAGCUCUAUCAGCUGCAGCUGGCAUACCAACGUUUACAAAUCCAGCAGCAGAUGUUACAGGCCCAGCGGAAUGUUUCCGGACCCAUGAGGCAACAGGAGCAGCAAGUUGCGCGCACAAUCACUAAUCUGCAGCAGCAGAUCCAGCAGCACCAGCGCCAGCUGGCCCAGGCCCUGCUUGUAAAGCAGCCUCCACCUCCGCCACCCCCGCCGCACCUGUCUCUGCACCCCUCUGCAGGCAAACCGGGCAUGGAUAGCUUCCCUCCUCACCCCCAGGCUCCUGGCCUCCCCGACCUGCAGACCAAAGAGCAGCAGUCUUCACCCAACACCUUUGCUCCUUAUCCUCUUGCCGGAUUGAACCCAAACAUGAAUGUCAACAGCAUAGACAUGAGCAGUGGUUUGUCUGUGAAGGACCCAUCUCAGUCCCAGUCACGCCUGCCUCAGUGGACACAUCCCAAUUCCAUGGGUAACUUGUCUAGUGCUGCUUCUCCCCUGGACCAGAAUCCUAGCAAGCAUGGUGCUAUCCCUGGAGGUCUAAGCAUCGGGCCUCCAGGUAAGUCCUCUAUUGAUGACUCUUACGGCCGGUACGAUUUAAUUCAGAACAGUGAGUCACCAGCCAGUCCUCCAGUAGCUGUUCCCCAUAGCUGGUCACGUGCCAAGUCUGACAGUGAUAAAAUCUCAAAUGGCUCCAGCAUCAGCUGGCCCCCAGAGUUCCACCCCGGGGUCCCAUGGAAAGGACUUCAGAACAUCGAUCCUGAGAAUGACCCUGAUGUCACUCCUGGAAGUGUCCCUACUGGACCCACCAUUAACACCACCAUCCAGGAUGUCAACCGCUACCUCCUCAAGAGUGGAGGUAAGCUGUCCGAUAUUAAAUCAACGUGGUCCUCAGGCCCAGCUUCUCACACGCAAGCCUCUCUGUCUCAUGAGCUGUGGAAGGUACCCAGAAACACUACUGCACCCACCAGGCCACCUCCAGGCUUAGCCAAUCCCAAGCCUUCCUCUACCUGGGGCACCAGCCCCCUCGGCUGGACCAGCUCCUACUCCUCGGGUUCUGCAUGGAGUACUGACACCUCAGGAAGAACAAGCAGCUGGCUCGUUCUGCGCAAUCUCACACCCCAGAUCGAUGGUUCUACACUGCGGACGCUGUGUUUGCAGCAUGGGCCUCUCAUCACAUUCCACCUGAACCUGACCCAAGGCAAUGCUGUGGUCCGCUACAGUUCCAAGGAGGAAGCCGCCAAGGCCCAGAAGUCUCUGCACAUGUGUGUACUGGGAAACACCACCAUCUUGGCUGAGUUUGCUGGUGAAGAAGAAGUGAACCGGUUCCUGGCCCAAGGCCAAGCCCUCCCACCCACCUCCAGCUGGCAGUCCAGCAGUGGGGGCAGCCAGCCCAGGCUGGGCACCUCGGGCAGCACCCAUGGCCUAGUGCGCAGCGACACUGCCCACUGGAACACCCCAUGCCUGAGUGGCAAAGGCAGCAGUGAGCUGCUGUGGGGUGGGGUCCCCCAGUACUCGAGCAGCCUGUGGGGCCCACCCAGUGCUGAUGAUACCAGAGUGAUCGGCAGCCCCACGCCUCUCAACACUCUGCUGCCUGGUGACCUGCUCAGCGGCGAGUCCAUCUAGGGGUCACAAUCACUGGGGAGAAGAGAGCUGACCGUGCCAGGCCCGGCUCUGAAGCUCCACCUGAUGGACAAGCUGCCCCUUCGAGUACCUCUGUCCAGUUCUGAAGAUGAACCUUGGCCUCAGCCCUUGGGAACUGUUGGAGACAGUGCGGGCUGCGUUUGGUCAGUGUCGUGUGCUGACGACAGGAUGUUCCUCAUAGCUUUUUAUUUUAUGUCGUCUUAUGUUUGUACAGUGUGUUGUCAUUUUGAGUUUUAAGUAUAAAAGCUGCUUAGAAUAGUUCUAUCAUGAAGGGCACUUUUCAGAUUGUGGGCUGGAAAGGGUUAUUUUAUGGCGGGGUGGGUGGGGAGACUUGAAGCCUAUUUACAGUGAGCCUGUGACGAUUAUGCACAUUACCAGAGGCGCCAGGUGGGACAGACAGCGGCUGCGCUGUGCGGGCACAGAGCUCCGUCCCCCGGAUUGCCUGCGCACAUUACCCUUGUUUCGUUACCUUUUCAUGUCAUUUUUUUUAUCCCAAAAAAAUAUUUUUUAAAAGUUUUAAAAAAAAAAAGACAUAUCAAACAUGCAAAUACUUGAACCCAGCAGGCCAACACCGAAAUGUGAACACUUCCACAUUGACAUCCGUGCGCAGAGACAGGCUCUAGGGAAUGUCUGCGUUCAUAGCCUACAUGUGCGUGUGCGUGCGUGCGUGCUUGUGUGGAACUGUGUGUGUGAGCAUGCUCUUGCACAGUCAGUGCUCACUGUGCGUGCGUGUUUGAGAGCGUGUGAGGGAUUUAACUGUGGGUUUCCCUUUGAUUCAGUACAUGCUUUUCCCCUCUUUUUUUGGCAUUGGUCAAAUGUUCUCAUUGUUGUUAUUUGCUUCUAACUUUGCACUGAGGUGUCCCUGCCCUUCCGUUAGCUAAUCCUAAGCAGGAAAGAGAAUUCACGGGACAGGGCUGGUGACAAUUCACGUGUAAAUGUUUACUCAAGGACUCUGUUGUUGCAUUUAAAGUUACAGUGUAUAUCUCUGGAGAAAUAAUAUGUCUAUCUACCUUCAGCAGCUUCUCAUUGUGGACUAAUGCAAGAAGAUUAUUACCAGAGCAUUGCACCACUUCCCAUCUGGACUGUAAAGUUACAGAGAAAACAAAACUGUUGUUGAACUGUGGCCAUAGAUACUUGUAGAGACUGGGUGUUCCGCAAGGAGCGGGACCAAGCACUUGGACAUGGGUUGUGACUGCUUUUGGAGGAGCUGUGUUUGGGCUCCCACCUGUUUACAGACGUUUUUUUCUCCUUCAGACUUUAAAAUAAAAUUUUAAAAAAAAUUUAAAAUGUUAAAAGGAAUAAAAAAAAAAGACUUCCAUCAUUUAAAAAAAACAAGCAAACAAACAGAAACCUAUUUUCAGAAUACAGAUGUGUUGCUUCAGAGCUCUGGGAUGGGACAUGCUGUUCCCCUCCAGCCAUCGCGGACUCUGUUGACUGUCCUCACCCCCUCCUCAAGGUGACCAGGCCUUGUGGUCUCUGUCUUGCACACGCCAGCUCGCUCUCAGGAACGCCAGGGCUCCCGAGGGCGGCACCACACCACUUCAUGUAUUUUUAAACCCAACUCCUAGCACUGAAGAUGUUAUUUAAAAAAAAAAAAAUAAAAGAAAGAAAAAAAAAGAAAGAAAGAAAAAAGAAAAAAAAACCACACACACACAAAGAAGAGAAAUCCCUAAUCUCUAAUGUGUAGCAGUUACAUAUUUACCAAAUAAUGGACUCAAAGGAACGGAUGUUUGGAGAGUGCUUUAUAUAUUAAAGUUGCUUUAUGUUUUAAAGAUGAUCAAUGUUUUGAUUGUUUUACAAGGAAGAAAGACAAUGAAAUAACACACCCUCAAGUAUGUUUUAGAAAAAUAUAUGAACAUUGUACUCCCUGCCUAUGUGGUCAGGAAACUUGUGCAUUACAUUUUUUAAUUAGCUUUUUAAUGGUUUUAUCAAAACAAACAGAAAGAAAGCAAGUCCUGCAAGGUUGCAGAAAAGCACUGUUUUCUAGAGGAUCAGGAACUAUGCACAACUGGGUUCAAAACUUGUUCGAGUUUUGUCAUGUAUCCCACGGAAUGGCCCUCCUCAGAGUGACUGCGUCUCAUCGACAUUACGUGCGUCCUAAAUAUUUGAUGUAUGUAUACCCAAGUAUGUAUAUCAGAUGUGUGCGUGCGCACGUGUGUGCAUGCGUGUGCGUGCUCCCAGAUGCACGGCUUACCGUGCAGCCAUUGAGCCCUGAGGUAUAGAAAAACUCCUGUUUAAAAACUGGGGAUGGAAGGAAAGGAUGUUUUCCGUUUCCGUGGGCUUUACCCCUUUUUUUUCCUUUUUGAACCUUUUAAAUUUAAAAUGUCUCUGACUCUAAGAUUAAAAGAAAAAAGUUUGUGGCGCUUAAUGCCCUCCUCUUGGAACGUGAUGGUUGGACGCACACUGGAGGUUGCUUUCAAAAAAUACAGCGCUUUGUUGAGUCUUAAUAAACUGCAGUUUUUCUUGGCUGUUGACAUAA